GUGCGAGCAUUUCAUCAUUCUUUGACAUCCUUGAUUUGGAUUUGGGAAGAAAGGAAGCGAAGACCAUCAUUCUGACUUCAUGCAGCAUUCUUCACCCAUUCUUCACCCAUUCUUCCUGCAUUCUUCUUGUCGUCUCCUUGUCUUCUUGCCGUUCCAUCCUCGUUGCGGUGAAAUCUCAGCCACUGGAUUGAUUGCAUAUGCAACACGACGCCAACAUAUAUCGUCAUAUUGAAGAUCCUUGCCUCUCGAUUAUUUGCUUCUUCUUGUUUUUGGCCCAGUCAUCCAUCGAUCGCUUCCAGAAAUUAAAUCAAGGACCGCAGACAAGGGACGCCAUCUUGGUCCAAGCUUGGGGAAACAGAAAAUAUAUCCCAGUCGUCCAUCACAUUUGUCUCAGUCUUGGCUUCCUUUUAUUUCAUUCUUGACCCCAGUCGAAACAUCCUUUGCCUUGCUCUCUUCUCUUCUCUUCUCUCUUCCCUUCCUCUCUCCUCGCCGUUAUCUUUGCUCGCACGAGCAAGAAGAAUCCUCAAUUGUUACAAUCCUCAACCCCAAUUGCAACUGCGACUUUCCACGAGAGCGUGAAGAUAUCACUUGCGAAUCAUGGCCGAUGAUCCCAGCAGCAGUGGAUCCAGUUUGUCUGGCUUGGUAGCUACUCUGGUACCAACCUUCAUUCUUGCCGCCGUUUACUUUGUCAUCUUCUUGAUCUUGCGAAGAUCGAAUGUACGAUGGUAUGCUCCGAGAACGUAUCUCGGUGCAUUGCGCGAAGAAGAACGAACGAAACCUCUUCCAUCAGGAUGGUUCAAUUGGAUUGGCCCUUUUCGCAAAAUUCCAGAUAUCUACGCCCUUCAACACCAAGGUCUCGAUGCUUACUUGUUCCUUCGAUUUUUGCGAAUGACCGUGGUUAUUAUGUUCGUUGGUUGCUGCAUCACAUGGCCAAUUCUUUUCCCAAUUAAUGCGACGGGAGGAGGUGGCGCUCAACAACUCGAUAUCCUCUCCAUGGGUAAUAUUGACAGCUCUACAUCAUCGGGAAGGGAUCGAUACUAUGCUACGUGUUUUGUUGGGUGGAUUUUCUUUGGAUUUGUGCUCUUCCUUGUGACAAGAGAAACCAUCUAUUACGUCAACCUUCGUCAAGCUUUCUUACUCAACCCAACUUUCGCAAAUCGCAUUUCUUCCAGAACAGUUCUCUUCAUCUCGGUUCCUGCGGCCUAUCUCGAGGAAGGCAAGCUUCGAAAAGUUUUUGGAAGCGCCGUGCGUAACAUUUGGAUCGCUGCAGAUUCCGAAAAGGUGGAUGAACUUGUCGAGAAGCGCGAUGAAAUUGCCAACAAGCUCGAAAGUGCAGAGGUCAAAUUAAUCAAGACAGCAAAUGGCGAAAGACUCAAGGCAAUCAAGAACGGUGCAAGUCAAGAAGAACAACCUGUCAUCGACGAUAAUGGCGAAUCAGGAUCAUUGGCCUCGAGAUGGUUGCCUCAAAAGGAGCGUCCCACACACAAACUGGGCAAAUUCGGUUUAUAUGGAAAGAAGGUCGAUACAAUCAACUGGGCCCGAAGUGAAUUGGAAACUCUCAUCCCGGAAACUGAAGCCGCUCAGAGUACUUAUUUGGCUGGAGAGACGAAGAAGGUUGGAUCUGUAUUUAUCGAAUUCGCUCACCAAUCAGAUGCUCAAAUCGCUUUUCAAACUCUCGCUCAUCACCAGGCCCUUCAAAUGUCUCCCAGAUAUAUCGGUGUUCAUCCUAGCGAAGUUAUCUGGGGAUCUUUGACCAUUUCAUGGUGGCAAAGAGUUGUCCGUAGAUUUGCUGUUGUUGGAUUCAUCGCUGCUCUGAUUGUCUUCUGGGCUAUUCCCGUCGCGGCUGUCGGUCUUAUUUCAAACGUCACAUACCUAGAACAAUUCAGCUGGCUUUCCUGGUUGAAGGAUAUUCCAAGUUGGAUUAUGGGUGUAGUCUCUGGUCUCUUGCCUUCUGUCGCCCUCUCCAUCCUCAUGUCCCUGGUUCCUAUCAUCAUGAGACUUUGCGCAAGACUCUCCGGUGAACCAACUACUGCACGUGUAGAACUCUUCACUCAAAACGCAUACUUUGCCUUUCAAGUCAUUCAAGUCUUCUUGGUUGUGACGAUCGCAUCAUCGGCAUCAUCGGUUUUGUACCAGCUCAUCAACAACCCAACUGGAAUUCUUUCCCUUUUGGCCAAUAAAUUGCCCAGCGCAUCCAACUUCUACAUCUCCUACUUUAUUGUUCAAGGUUUGACUGUGGCCGCUGGAGUCAUUUCUCAAGUGGUGGGAUUUUUCGUCUUUAAAAUUCUCUACAAGUUCUUGGCCAGUACUCCCAGAAAGAUGUAUCAAAAAUGGACGAGCUUGAGUGCCAUCUCAUGGGGAAGCACUCUUCCCGUUUUCACUAACAUUGCCGUCAUUGGCAUUACUUACUCCUGCAUCGCGCCACUUGUUAUGGGUUUCGCUACCAUUGGUAUGAGUUUUUUCUACCUAGCUUACAGAUACAAUAUCCUCUUCGUCACCGACACUCAAAUCGACACCAAGGGUCUUAUUUAUCCACGUGCUCUCCAACAACUCCUCACUGGUGUUUACCUUUCAGAACUUUGCUUGAUUGGUCUUUUCGCCAUUGGUAAAGCAUGGCCACAAAUGAUCCUCAUGAUCAUAUUCCUCGUUUUCACCGCCUUGUACCACAUCUCCCUCAAUGCCGCCAUGGAUCCCCUCCUCUCCACCCUCCCCAAAACUCUCGAAGCCGAAGAAGAAUCUAUCCGCGGCGAGCUCGAAGCCGGUAUGAGUGGUAGCCCCACCGUCUCCCACGAGAAACACAACGAGAAAAACGGAUCCAGCGACCUUACGCCCCAGUCCAAACCCCAAGGCGGUAUCUUUUCCAAAUUUUUCAAACCUCAUAUCCAUUGCGAUUACGCUAGCAUGCGCACACUUGUUCCUCACGGUAAUCUCGACACCGAAAAUCUCUACGAUGAUGUUACUGCCCGAAACGCAUACUAUCCUCCCGCUGUCGUCUCCGAGGCACCGCUUUUAUGGAUUCCAAGAGAUCAAGGUGGAAUCAGCGCACAGGAAGUUGCUCACACGAGUAAGGUUAUUCCAAUCACUGAUGAGGGAUGUACACUUGAUGAGAAGAAUAAGUUGGUUUGGGAUGUUGAGGGAGCGAGACCGCCACUUUGGCAACCAAGGGUUUUCUAUUAGGAGAUGGUGAUUCGGAUGGGAGAGAGGGAAUGAAGAUGUGGAGGAAUUUUGAUAAUAGAUCUUUCAGGGUCUGAACUCCAUGAGAGGAAAUUGGAUGCGAUGAGUUGAGAUGAUUUUUAUACCCCGGGAAUCGAGAGGAAAGGAACGAUAAAUAAAUAGAUGAAUGAGGGCGGAGUUGGUAGUGUUUACUACAUCAUACUUCUUUAAUGUUUUCUACUUUAAUUCGGUGGAGGUUGCGAUGAUAAUGUGUGGAUAUUAGGAUGAAGGAACAAAGAUUUAUUUUCUUGAAUCUGGAAUCUGAAAUCUGCAAUCUUUGAGUCUUGAAACAACGGGAGUGGAGUACUAGGUAGUUAGUUAGAUACCCCAAGGUCUGGAAAUGAAAAUAAUCAUUUAUA